GCCAGACUCGGAAACCGAUGUAGUUGCACCGACGCUACUCGGGGUGACAUACCUACUGUCCCACUCUCCAGCCCUCGUGCUGCAAGUCGUGUUUUGUCGCGGAAGCAUUAACUUCUAUUGCCCAUCUAUUGAGCGCUUGGCUACGCAGGACGCAUCACCGCUCGUUCACAACUCAUCAUUAACCGGCUACAAUCAUUUACUUGUUUGAACAAGUUGAUUGAACAGUUUCGAAGACAGGAAAUGUAACCGAAGGAGCACAAAAAUUCAAAGUGAUAGGAAGUUUAUAGGCAUUUGGGGCUUAUAAAUCAAAAUGGAGGGAAAAGUUUCAAAGGACAUUUUGUCCGAGAAACAACUGCAGUAUAUAGUUUCCCGAAUGACAAAGCCUGGUUCCCAGAUCAUCGGUUUCGAUGUCAAGCCGGCUUCAGAAGAAUUGGCCGGUUUUCUGGGAGAACACUUAAGGAUGAAUCUAUGCGUGAAGGAGGUCAAUUCGCUGCGGAAGAUACAUUUGUUCAUUAAAACUGUGCCUACUGCGAACUUGCCGAAAGCUGAAUUCAUUGAACGGAAUCAGUUUUUCAAGAAAGAAGCGUUGGUUUUCCAGAUUUUCGAUGAGAUUCAGGACAUGGACUGCGUCAACCCAUGGUGCACGAGAGCGGUUAUUUACACCGACAAGCUGAUAGUGAUGCCCGACCUCGCCGUACAGGGCUACCGGACACAUCCGACCCAAAUAUACUUCGACCGGGACCACGUGACCGUCGUCGUCUCGUCGCUGGCCCGUCUGCACGCAGCAUUCGCCAACUACUUCACGAAAAGAAACCAAUCGCGUCCACAUUUUCUAGAGGAAAAUUACUUUUUUAAUGAUGAGUUUUUCGGUGAUGCCCCCUGGCUGAUCCCUGCAGCUAAAGUCACCUACAACGUCCUGAAAGAGUUUUCGUCAAAAUCAAAUGAUUUUCCACCUGAUUUGGAAGAUAAGUUAAGUACUCUCUUUAUUGAAGCUUACGGCAUGCUCAAUAAUAAUGAAGACGUCCUCAACGUAGUGAUUCAUAAGGAUCUGUGGGCGAACAAUAUCCUGUUUCAAUAUGCAGCAAACGUACCCAUCAACGCCGUGCUGGUGGACUACCAACUGUCGAGGUACGCUCCCCCAGCGUUCGACCUGAUGUCGCUGCUGUACAUGACUACGUCGAGAACGUUCCGGGGUGCUCACGAGGCUGAAGUGCUGCAACAUUACUAUGAAGUGUUUUCCGAGAGCUUGAACGACGCUACCAAAAAGAGAUUGAAGAAUUUGAACUACGACUUUGAUGAGUUUAGGAAGUGGUGUGAAAGAGCCCGCGUGUUUGGCUUGGUGCAAGCGAACACGACGCUUCCUUGCGUGUGCAUGGACGCGGCGGCGGCGCAGCGCACGUUCGACGACCCGCACACGUACGUGGAGCACUUGACGGGUGACAGGAGCGCGCCGCUGGUGGCGCACGCUGGAGACAACGUCCAGUACAGACUGCGACUGUUGGAAGUUAGUGAGGAGUUAGUCGAAAAAUAUGUUUUAAAAAUAUAGCUUUUUAGAAUUACUUUACCCAUUUAGAAAAAAAGAAAUUGUUAUAAAAUAAAUUGAAAAAUUGGUGAGCGAUAUAAAUACUACCUAUUUAUUAUUGUUAAUGUUUCCCAAUGUCCUUUAAGAAUUUUCAAGAAUUAAGAAACAGAGGAGAACAGAAAUAUUUUUAAAAAUUCAGAAAAUACCUACCUACCUAAAUUUUUAGAUCUUCGGAAAUCGUCUUAAGUUCUUAACCUGAGCUAGUUAUCUACAUAUUUCAUCCACUUAGUUGUAAAACUAAGGCUAAAGUCGGUCACCGAUUCAGUUGUAGAUGUGAAUCUAAACAUACUUAACUAGCGCAUUCAUCUGAUUUGCAUCACUUCCGAUCUACAGCUAUAUGUGGUGUCAACUGUCGACACGUGUAAUUACGCUAAAGUCAUCCUGGAUUGCGAGAUAUCAAUCGGUAGCAUCAAGUGGAAAAUUGUUUCCACUUGUGAUGUAAGCAACAGGUUCGCCCUUGGGCACACGGAAAUAAUAGUGCAGCUGCCGGGACCGUGCACUGCAGGCAGCCGGGACAGAUCUUUGACACAAUUAGACUGAAACCAUAAACCAAUUAAUGGUCAACGCAAUAAGUGUACAAUUUAUCGCUUGGAGGAAGGCCAAGCUAUGCGUUCGUGGUUGCGCUAUGGGCAUGGGAGCUGAGAGCAGGGCACAAGAGGACACACUUGCAAAUUUGAAACCCCUGUCGGGAUAAAGAAUGUACACAAAUCAAUUGAGGUUUACUAACAAUUUGCUGUAUGAAUGAAAAUGUAAUAAAAUUACCUAAGUUCGUGUAUUA